AUGAUGCGCUUUCACAUCGAAGAAAUCGAAGUGUUCUUCCCGCACGAUGCGGUGUACCCCGAGCAGUACGCGUACAUGCGGCACUUGAAGCGAACGUUAGAUGCGAAGGGCAACGCGGUGCUCGAAAUGCCCACGGGAACCGGGAAGACUGUUUGCUUGAUGGCGCUGUACAGCGCGUACAUGCUCGUGUACCCAGAGACUCUUGAGAAAUUCUACUUCUGCACGCGCACGGUGGGCGAGAUGAAUAAGGCGCUGCUCGAGCUGCGGCUAGUGCUACGCUGCCGCAUGCAGUGCUUGCUGCAGGACUUCAUGGAUGCGCUGCAGGCGGGCCGUCCGCUGGACCGGCUGGUGGCUCGCGUGAACGCGGCGAACAUCAUGGCUUGCGGGCUGUCUGCGCGACGCAACUUGUGCGUGAACCCGUCGGUGAACAAGAGUGCGGGGCGCGGACAGGUUGACGAGCAGUGCCGCUCGCUGAUCGUGCCCUGGAACCGGCGCAACCCGUACUACGGCUCGCGCGAGUUGGCCAAGAGCGCGCAGAUCGUCGUGCUCAACUACCAGUAUGUGCUGGACCCGCGCGUCAGUCAGAUCCCGUUCGGGCAGAGCAGCGUGUACGCGCAGGCAAACUCGGAGGUCGCGGUCGCGAACAUCGCAAAGCAGCCGUGGGCAUUGGUUUUCGACGAAGCGCACAACAUCGACAACGUUUGCAUUGAAGCGCUGAGCGUGGACAUUUACAGUACGAACCUCGAAGAGGCGCGGCUCUCGCUCGAGCAGUUAAAGAAACUGGUGCGCGAGCGCGAGACCGCAGAACUCGAGCGCGUGAAGCUCUCGCUCGUGGAAGGCGUGCACGCGGCGCAACAGCGCGACUACGCGCAACUCGUCGACGAGUUCAUGAGCUCGCCGCUGCUGCCCGAAGAGCAGGCGAAGCUCGGCGCGCUGCUGCCCGGCAGCAUCCGCAAGAACCGCAUCUUUUUGAACAACUUGCUGUUGGUGGUGGUGUUUCUCGACUCGUACGUGAAGCGGCUGGAGGUUUCGAUCGAGGGCCCGCUCUCGUUUUUGCGGAACCUUGAGGACGUGCUGAAGUUUGACGCGAGUGCGCUGAAGUUGUUUUACGACCGUCUGAAGACGCUGUUUUUAAACUUGCAGGUCACGCGGCUGCAAGAAUUCGCGUCGCUUUCGAAAGUUGCGGACUUCUGCACGCUGCUCGCGAACUACUGGAAGGGCUUCGUAGUGAUAGCCGACCCAUACCCGGACGCGCCGGGGAUUUACGACCCGGUGAUCCGGCUCGCGUGUUUGGACUCUUCGAUCUGCAUGAGAUCGGUGACAAAGCGCUUCUCGAGCAUCGUGCUGACCAGCGGGACAAUCAGUCCGCUGCACCUGUACUCGCGAAUCCUCGACUUUUCGCCGAUCAUUAUGCAAAGCUUUCAAAUGUCACUGGACCGCGAGUGUAUUUGCCCGCUGAUCGUCGGAAAGGGCGACAACGGCGUGCACCUCAGCUCGCGUUUCGAGCUGCGCGAAGACGCGAGUGUGAUCCAGCAGUAUGGAGAGCUGGUCGCGCGGCUGUGCCAAGUGGUUCCGGACGGCGUGGUGCUGUUUUUCACGUCGUACGCGUACAUGGCGGUGGUACUGCUGCAGUGGUACAACACGGGCUACACGAAGGAGAUCAUGAAGUACAAGCUGAUUUUCAUGGAGACGAAAGACAGCGCGGCCAGUUCCGUCGCGCUCGAAAACUACCGGCGCUGCUGCGACAUCGGCCGCGGCGCCGUGUUCAUGUCGAUCGCGCGUGGGAAGGUCGCAGAAGGCAUCGACUUCGACCGACACUACGGGCGCGCAGUGGUGCUGAUCGGCGUGCCGUACCAGUACACGCUGAGCCACGUACUCAAAGCGCGGCUGCUGUUUCUCAAGAAGCACUUCCAGCUGGAGGAGGGCGAGUUCUUGUCGUUCGACGCAAUGCGACAGGCGAGCCAGUGCCUCGGGCGCGUGAUCCGCAACAAGGCAGACUAUGGGCUGAUGGUGCUCGCGGACUACCGCUACGCCAAGCCCGACAAGCUGAACAAGUUCCCCGAGUGGGUAGUCUCUGCGAUCACCUCGAGCCGCAAGAACAUCGCGCUUAAUAUGUGA